CAGGGAGGAGCUAGAAGGGAGGAAGUGAGGAUACAGAGCAGUGAUACUGAGGCGGGCAUCAUGGCGGCAAUCAUGGCGGGCAAAUCAAAAGAACAACGGCUCUCUCUGUGUGUUUAUGACAGUCUUCGGAGACUCGCCUGUCCCUCAGUGGACGGUCUUUACCUGAGAGAAGCAAGCAGCAUGCAGGAGCUUCUCUGCACGCCUUCAUUACACCGCAUGGACAUACUGAAAUGGAUUUGUGCCAGAAUCUGCCCAGCCCUGAGAGACAAAUUCUCAACAAUCAAGUCUUCAGAGACAGAAGAAGUGGCAAAUGAAAUCACACGUUUUGGCCAUGAAAUGCUGUUGUGUAAAGCUGAUGAUCAGGAGUUAAUCAAGGGCUUUGCCUCACCAUUACGACAGCUUUUGUUUUUGGAACAGCUUUUAAUGAUCGCAGGACAGCAGAACACACCAUCUGAAGACAUGCACAAUGAACCCUCUGGAGGUGGCAGCAUAACAGAUGAGAAUCUGUUGAAAGAGCUGAUGUCACCUGACCACCUAACUGAUCUGAUCCAGCUGAUGAAUCCUGUGUGCAAUCCCUGGUCUGCCCACAUCCAGGAAUACCUCAGAGCCACACAAGCAACUCGGGCUAAGGCAAACAGCAGUAAAGCCGAUGAGAGUCAUCAUCAUGAUUCAGGAUGUGGUAAACUUAAUAAUGACAACAUAGCUGAAGCUACUGCUUUGCUCCAGUCCACUCGGUGUACAUUGGAAGAGCUACAUAAAGAGUGUGAGUUCCUGCAGUCGGAACAGUCUGGCUCUGCAGCUUCAUUGUCACCCUGCGCUUUGAAAGUUGCUAUAUCAGACAUGGCACAACUUAUGACUGCUUUCAGUCAGGUCUACAACACAGACUUCAGGGGCUACUGCCAAAGAGCACCUCCUGUCCUUAAUCCAAACACAUGUGUCUUUCAGUCUGUACAUCAACUCCUGCACCACUGCAACAUGGAAUUAGAAGCACUGCUCCAACUGUCCAAAACCUCAUCAACGCUGACUGAGAUUGUGAAACAAAUUCAGACAGACAGGCGGUUUUGGGCCAAUGGAGAGAAACUUACGUUGUCCAACCAACUGGAGGCCCUGAAGAAUAGAUUCACCGUUUUUUUGUCUCUUCAUGAAUCAUAAGUUAUUUUUAUUGUUUUAGCCUAAACGACACUGAUUCAGAGAGCUCAGUUUCAUAAUAGCUCAAAGUCUUUUUUUUUUUUCCAAUGUAUUUUCCACAUGUAAAUGUUGUGUAUGAACUAAAUCACUUUAUUUUAUGGUAAAAUACUAAAACUCUGCUGUAAAUAAAAAUAAAUAAUUUACAAACAAA